AUGCCCUACUUUGAAGCGCUGGGCUAUCGCUGCCCGCCGCACCGCGACGUACCCGACUUCCUCGUCGACAUUGGCUCGCCCGACCUCGUCGGUCCGUCCAUGAGUGCCCAAGAGCUCGCGACCGCGUUUCGGAGCUCGUCGAUCCAUGCAGCCAUGCUAGCGCGUAUGCAGCAGCCGUCGCUGCCGCCGCUUUCGCCCAUUGCGCCCUUUGCCGAGCCAUUUGUCGCCAGCACGAUGUUGAUUGCGUCGCGCCAGCUGCGCGUUUACCUCCGCAACACCGAGCUCGUCCAAGGUCGUCUCGGCUUGGUGCUUAUCAUGGGGCUCUUGUACGCGACGACGUUCUACGACGUCGAUCCGUCGCAGGUGACGACGGUCCUCGGUGUCAUCUUUAUGGCGGUGCUCUUCCUCGCCGUCGGGCAGGUGCCGACGCUACCGAUUAUCCUCGACGCCCGGGCCGUCUUUUACAAGCAGCGCGCGUCGCAGUUCCACCGGACGUCGUCGUACGUGAUUGCGCAUGCGGCGACGCAGAUCCCGUUUGCGUUGGCCGAGACAGUGGUAUUUGGUUCGAUCCUGUAUUGGAUCACGGGCUUCGCCGCCGACGCGACGUCGUUUCUGACGUACUUGCUCGUGCUCUUCUUGACCAACCUCGUCUUCUCAACGUGGUUCUUCGUCGUUGGCGUCGUGUCGCCCAACAUGCUCGUGGCCGACCCCGUCGCGCUCCUCUGCGUUCUCAUCUUUGUCGUCUUUGCGGGCUUUAUCAUCUCGGCCAAGGACAUUCCCGACUACCUCAUUUGGCUCUACUGGAUCGACCCGCUCGCAUGGUCUCUUCGCGCUCUCACAAUCAAUCAGUAUACCGCAUCCGAUUUCAAGGACUGCUCGUUCGGCGGCAUCGACUACUGCGCGACGACCGGCAGCACCUCGGCGGGCAAGGCGCUCCUCGAGCAGUACGGUCUUCGCACCGACCGGUCGUGGAUCUGGUAUGGCGUCUGGUAUCUCGUGGGCUGCUACAUUGCCUUUCUCCUCUUGGCGUAUCUCAUCCUCGAGUACGUUCGAUUUGACGACACGGACCACAGCCACGUGGUCGGAGCCAGCUCUAUUGACGGGCGCUCUUCCACAGAUGACGACGACAGUGCGUAUCUCGGGGUGCCCAAGACACCGACUGUGGCUAUAUCGGUGGCCCCCCGCGAGGUCGUGCCCGUGACGUUGACGUUUGAAAACUUGAGCUACACAGUGCCCAAUCCGACGAAGGGCGAGCCCGACUUGCAGCUCCUCAAGUCUAUCAGCGGCUAUGCGCUGCCGGGUACGGUCACUGCGCUCAUGGGGGCGUCCGGCGCCGGCAAGACCACCUUGAUGGACGUCAUCGCCGGGCGCAAGACGAGCGGCAAGAUCGAUGGCGAGAUCAAGCUCAACGGCCACAUCGCCACGGACCUUGCGGUUCGUCGGUCGACGGGCUACUGCGAGCAGAUGGACGUGCACUCCGAGUCGGCAACCUUCCGCGAGGCGCUCCAGUUUAGCUCGAUGCUGCGGCAGUCGGACGACAUUCCCGCAGCCGACAAACUCGCGUUCGCGGAAGAGUGUUUGUCGCUCCUUGGGCUCGACACGAUCGGCGACAAGAUCAUCCGCGGGUCGUCCGUCGAGCAGAUGAAGCGUCUGACGAUCGGCGUCGAGCUCGCGGCCUCACCGUCCGUGCUCUUUCUCGAUGAGCCGACGUCGGGCCUUGAUGCGCGCUCGGCCAAGAUCGUCAUGGCCGGCAUCCGCAAGAUCGCAUCGACGGGUCGCACAGUCGUCUGCACGAUCCACCAGCCGUCGGCCGAGGUCUUUGAGAUGUUUGACUCGCUUCUUCUCCUCAAGCGCGGCGGCGAGACCGUCUUCUUUGGCGACCUCGGCGCCAAGGCCGUCCAUUUGAUCAACUACUUUGCAUCGCUCCCGGGCACGCCACCGAUCGCAGUCAGUAUGAACCCUGCCGCAUGGAUGCUCGACGUGAUUGGCGCCGGCGUCGAAGCGCGGUCGCAAGCUCUUGACUUUGUGAAGGCGUUUGCAUCCUCGGCGGAGCGUCAAGCUCUCAUGGACGGUCUUGCGGUCUACGCUGCGCCGCACCCCGAGCUUGAGGCGCUCACGUUUGGCUCCAAGCGCGCCGCUGCCUUCAACACACAGUUGAGUCUGCUGCUGCAGCGCUUUGUUCAUCUCCACUGGCGCACGCCGUCGUACAACAACACGCGUGGCCUUGUAAGUGAAUUACAAGAGCUCGCGCUUCUCGCGAGCUCGCUUAGUCCGCCGGCGAUCGGCCGCCGCGCUCGCAGCCACUCGUGGAGCCAGUACACUGUAGCGAUCACGCGCGGCUGA